UCUGUGCAUUUACCAUCUGCACCCCACACCCAAGGCUACUCUGCUGUAUUAAUUAUCUCCCUUUCAGGACCGGCUGCUUGUAGGAUUGUUUUACUUGGGCUGUGUGUCCCUUGCAUUAGGACAUUGCAUAGCUUGCAUGACGACAGCGUCAUCUCAUGUUGUCUUGUUUGUGAUCUCAAUUAAGCUGGAUCUUACUUAAGAAGUGUGUCACGCAGCUUGCCAUACGUAACGUGUUUUCUAAUCUUAACGGGGUAUCCCUGGUUACCACGAUGUAAAGGAAGAACGCCUCCCUGGACGACCAGUUAUCUUCAGGUCACUCCUCAGAGAGCCUCGUGCGGAAAUAAAUCAAACAAGGGAGCAAUGCAGUCUGGGAAAGACGUGCAUUCUGAUUUUACAUGCCUUAUAGGGUAACCCUGUGUAACUAUCCCGCUAGCCAAAGUGCUGGGAGUCAUUGGUACUGAAGGACAUGGGAGGAAGAAAGUGUAUUUAAUUAGAUUUGGAGAAUGCAUAGCAGAGUAAUAAAGCAUGGGCAAGCAUUGUAAAUCAAGAAGAACAUAAGAAAGUACCAUGGACCUGGAAACCUCACUGGUAAAGCACCAGAACAGAGCAGUCUGUCACCAUGCUGUGGAGGGACCUGUCUGCCAUCCUCCGCCAGCCUUUAUCCUGGGCAAAGAACUCUGCGAUUCGAACAGCAGUGCCUUGUCAGCUCUGCAGCAAGGGGAUACAAAACUUAACAGCAACAAAACCACUGCUGCACUGCUGUCCUGGGCAGCUCCUUUCACAGAGGACGGGUUCCCAACCGCUGUGGACGCAGGUCCGGGGAAUGAAAAGCCGUAGAAACCCUCACACUGAGAGCCAGCAGGAGGAGUGGAGGAAAAGGAACAAGACCAUCCUGACUUACAUCGCAGCUGCCGGAGUGGGGAUGAUUGGCAUAUCCUAUGCAGCUGUGCCUCUGUACAGGUUGUACUGCCAGGCUUCAGGACUCGGUGGGACUGCAGUAGUGGGCCACGAUGCUGAAAAGGUGGAGUCCAUGACUCCUGUGAAGGACCGCAUCCUCAAGAUAACCUUCAACGCAGACGUACACGCGGGCUUGCAGUGGAACUUCCGCCCCCAGCAGACUGAAGUAUAUGUUUCCCCAGGUGAAACUGCUUUAGCCUUUUAUAAAGCAAAAAAUCCCACCGACAAACCUGUGAUUGGAAUCUCUACCUACAAUGUGGUCCCCUUUGAAGCUGGACAGUACUUUAAUAAAAUACAGUGCUUCUGCUUUGAGGAGCAGAGGUUGAACCCGAACGAGGAGGUGGACAUGCCCGUGUUCUUCUACAUCGACCCCGAGUUCGACGAUGACCCCAGAAUGGCGCGAGUGGACACCAUCACACUGUCCUACACGUUCUUCGAAGCAAAGGAAGGGCAGAAGCUGCCACUGCCUGGAUAUAGCUGAAGGAAACGAUGGGUGGGGAAGCAAUUCUGCAAAAUCCUCAUUCAAGUUGGAGAUUAAAAAAAAAAAAAAACUUUUUAUAACAAACCUGCCCAAUCAAAUAAAAAAAGAUUCAGCAAAAUCUACUGUAGUUAUACUCUGUCCUGGAUUAUUUAAUGUAUUUUACUAAGCACAUAUGUUUUAACUGAUUCUUUUUUUUAUGUAAAGAUGCCCUUAUACUGGAUAGGAUGUAAUGCAAUUAAGCCAGGAAAUAAUGCAAAUAAAACUAAGGAAAUUGAAGCAAAAUGAAAUGCUUUUGAAGAAGAAAAAAUAAACAUAUCCAUUUGUAA